AUGAGCCCGAUCUAGGCGAAAAGAAAAACAGACCCCUAGAAGGCAGUGAAAGCAGACGUCUCCGGCUCAAACACGAGAUUAGGCUGUGUUUAUCCGGACAGAUCCGUCCUGGUGGGUUUGCUUAGCGCGUUAUUUUCGGCCGCCGCGGAGAAAUAAAGAAGCCACUCGGAGCGCUGUAACUUCGACCCAUUUCUGCGUUAUUGCGAAGACGUCGUUCAGGUUUAUUUUCUGAGAUCUACAGCUAGCUACGUCUUCGGCAGCAACAGCAUUAAAGUACAGCUACGUGGAAAACAUGACUUGUACAAUAAGCAGCUUCUUCGCUACUCUGGUGGUGUUGCUCCUGUGGCGGGUGGAGGAAAUCGCAGAAGCCUGCAGCUGCUCUCCGGUGCAUCCUCAACAGGCUUUUUGUAAUGCAGAUGUAGUGAUCCGGGCGAAGGUGGUUGGGAGGAAGGAGGUGGACUCCGGGAAUGACAUCUACGGUAAUCCGAUCAAGCGGAUUCAGUAUGACAUCAAACAGAUCAAGAUGUUCAAAGGUCCAGAUGUAGACAUUGAGGCUGUAUUUACUGCCCCUUCGUCUGCGGUAUGUGGGGUCACUCUGGAGCCCAACGGGAAAAAAGAGUACCUCAUUGCAGGCAAAGCAGAGGCUGGUGGCAAGAUGCAUGUGACCCUCUGUGAUUUCAUUGAGCCCUGGGACUCUAUGACCCCCACACAGAAGAAGAGCUUGAGCCAGCGCUACCAGAUGGGCUGUGGGUGUAAGAUCACCCGCUGCCCUGCUGUCCCCUGUACCAUCACCGCCCCGGAGGAAUGCCUGUGGACAGACUGGGUGAUGGAGAAGAGUGUGAGCGGACGGCAGGCCAGCCAUUAUGCCUGCAUCAAGAGGAGCGACGGCUCCUGUGCCUGGUACCGCGGCAUCGCCCCACCCAAGAAAGAGUUUCUGGACAUUGAGGACCCCUAAUCAUACGUGUUUUCCCACCCACUGCACCACCUGUUCGAAACAUUUCUGCAAAAAUGAUCAUUUUGAGUUAGAAAACAAACCAGUGAAGAUGUUAAAAGCUAAGAUUAAAUAAUGAUUAAACUUAUUGUGAGAAAAAUAUGACACACACAUAGACUGGUUUGGUGAUGAUAUCAUUUCCUCUUAAAGGAAGACGACUCUGAGAUAGGAGAGCACUUCCCUUGCCCCAAGUAGCGCUUGAUUCUCUUUCUACCAAUUAUGCCUGAUCUUGAAACAUUCCAUGAAAUUUGUAAAUCGUGUCCUACAUUUCACAUGCCACUUAAAUGCCGUUGCUGUCUAACUAACCAAUUGCCACCCAGAUAUCAAUCAGACCUAACAUAUCAUUCAGUUUCUGUAAACUGUGCUGUUUGGAUGUAUGAAAUAAUGGUGGGGCAUUACUUUCUAAAAUGCUCAAGGAAAAAUAACUCUGCUUUUCAACAAGUUGUACAGAUUGGAAGUGAUAUUUUACACCAAAGCUAUACACAGUUCUUAAGUCCUAAACUGGCUGCUUCCAACAGACAGUCUCUCAGUUUCUAUUAGAACUUCAAAUAUUCCUUUGUAAGUUCCUUUGUUAACGUUCAAGGAGUGUUAUUCCAGGGUUUCCGAAGAUUUAAGAUUCUAACCAAAGCCAAGAAGGAACUAAUUUUGCCCCAUUCUGCCAGAAAACCAAAUCAUUUCAUGGUGGUGGCACCACUUAAAACACAACCCUGAAUUCAUUUUCAGUUGCUAUAGGUGUAUCACUAGUGCAUGCAAACGAAAGAGCCUAACCGUCAUUAUCUCAAAGUUUCAACUGAAUGCUGAUAAUGUUCUCUUUGAUUAUAACCUUUAACCUCUGAGCAGAUGAGUGACAUCUCACUGGACCAGUCUAUGCAGAUGCCUCGGGUUGGUACUUGUUAUUGUGCUUCAAGUCAUUGGCUGCCCGUUCCAUUUGCCACGCCCUUGUCUUCCUGGCUCCUGUAUAGUACCUAUGCAUAUGCCUUUUUUUUUUAAUAUUUUGACAUCGGUCUUAAGUAUUAUUAUUAUUCUAAAUUCAUUCAUAUUUUUUGGGUAGACCUAGAUUUGCACUUGCCAGGGAGACGCUGCCUAAGAUUUAUUUGUGUAAAACAAGGAGGAUCGGAUCCUCUUCUGUACUUCCUUAAUGUUGUUUUUUUUUUUAGUCUUUUAUAGUUCCUGGUAUAACAUUUUCAUUUUUUAUUAUUAUUGUUUUUUAUUGCUAUUUUAUAUUACGCCUUUGUUUUUCCAUGUCAAAAAAUGUAGAAAAUUUAGGUAUUUUCUUAAAUUGCAGUCCAGUUGACUUUUGUAAGAUUUUGUUCCAUGGUGAUUAAGGUAUUUGAAAGGAGAGAUUUAUGUUCUGUUAUCUAUCAUGGAUUUCCGUGUCAGAUUGCUGAAUAUUUGUACAAUUUUUAGACUGAUGGUAAGGCAGAUAUAUAAGGCUAUAUAUCUCAUAUUAAAUGAUUUUAAGCUUUUUUUUUCCUAUUGAAGACAGCUGUACCCAUUAUAGCAUGGCACUCCUUCCAAUUUUCUCUUCCAAAUGAGGGACACUGCAUGGAGACUUAAAUAACCCAAAUGUCCCUGACUAGAUGUUGCUGAGUGGAAGGACAAUUACUUGAGUCUUGGUGAAGGAUUAACAGUUUUUUUCAGGGUUUCUGUAGGGCAAGAAAGGGUCUACAUUAAUAUUAACCUCCAGGUAACGGCCUAGUCGAUUUCUUUUCCCCAUUUAGAUGCAUCCAUACCCUCGUGCUAGUAACACAUAAAGAAGCAGGGCUAAAGUUGGGUUAACGCUGCAUGUUCUGUGGUUUUUGUAGUGCAAGUCUGUCCAUAAAUAUUCUGGAUAACUGCUAGGCAAACUCGUUGCUCUGUCGUUGUAGGCUAGUUAAUGGAUGCAAAUGUCGCGUGACUUUUUUUUUUGACAAAGUUGGGGCGUUUUUCGUUAUCGUAUAGCUAACAUAUAGUUUUCCUUAAUGAAAAUGUCUUUGUGACAAUUUUCUUGCUACACAUAUGUCAUGUAUAAUGAGAAUACUUCCCAAAUAAGCAGGUAACAUGGUAUUACUCUGAAUAGACUAAUAUUAACCAAAACCUUAUGAAUCACUCGUUUCCACAAGUUCAAUCUCCAGAUACUCCUAAAAUAAUAAUAUAAAGAGAGACAUUUAAUGUGGUAUUUUUAUACUCAUGUAUGCUAUUACAAUUUGAAAACGGUGACAUAAUUUAAAGCUUGGUCGAGCCGUGUUUUUACUACGUAAUUUUCUAUUAUUAAUUUGUUGAAGUACGGAAAAGUAUGGUGCGACUUGUGCUGGAACCACAUGAGAAGCGUUGUAUAAUGAGAACCAGACUAUGCAUGUGUUUGUUGUUUGUGUAAUUCAUACGUGGAAAUCCUGUCAUUGAACAAAAUAUACAGUAUUAUCAAAUAAAAAUGUAGAAUUACA